AUGGAAACAUUAAGAGAUUAUGAGAACAAAUUUCUAAAUAGUAGAGAACGCACCGUAGCUAUGUGUGGUGUCGAAGUGAUUUCCUGCUUAUUGAGCCUUGAUGUGGUUACCAGAGCCAGUGGUUCCUACUUUGACGCUCGUAUUCUUAAGUCUUUAAGGAAUCGUUUGAAGUUAACGUUACGUGUGAGAGCUGGGGAAAUGCCUCCUUUAUCUAGCAAACGUUUAAGACAACGCUCUUCUAACAAGGCACUACGUGAGCUGGUUAUGGAACUGGCCGAGGAAAGGAGGUCAAAGUCCAAGCCGAUCGCAGAGACAGCUUCCUCCAUGAGCAAGAGAAUCUCUCAGAAUAAACCUCCUACGUACUCAGGGACUGGGGAACCUGCAGCUUUGGAAAGUUGGUUACGGGAAUUUGACAAAUUGUUCAACGUGGUACAAUGCCCAGAGCACUUGAGGGUAGACCAGGCUGCAUUCUACCUUCAAGAAGAGGCAGAUUAUUGGUGGUCGAAUGCAAGAGAUAGUGUGAUGAGUGAUUCCGAUAAUCCGCUAAGUUGGAAGGAUUUCAAGACGAUGAUUCGAGAAAAGUUCUACCCACUGCAUAUCAGGAAGCAGAAGUCCAAUGAAUUUGCCAGGCUUGAGAUGGGAGAGAUGUCCGUGGACGAAUACUAUAAGAAAUUCAUGGAAUACGUCAAAUACUGCCCUGACGACGUCCCUACCGAAGAAAAGAAGAUGCAACGAUUUGAAUUGGGAUCAGUGAAUCAGGUGGAGGUCCACAUUGAUAGUGACCGAUACACCACAUUGGAUGCAAUGUAUCAGAGAGCAGCUCAAGUCGGAAGUUUGCUCAAGAUGGACAAAGGAAAAGGGCCCGAGACUAGUAGUGGAACAGCCCCUAGUGGGGAAAAGAGGAAGGAGAAUUUUCAUCAACAAAAUAAUUUUCACCAUAACAAGAACAUCGAAGCGUCAAUGACCAACACCCCGGAAAUGGGAGAAAUGGCAAGCCUCAGCUGGGAGCUAGGACACCGAGAAUAUGAGUGCUUUGCGAAGCAUGGACAUCCAGCUCAACAACCUAAUGGGCAACAAAGCUCCAGACCGGGGAAUUUCAGAAAUAACAACAAUGGGAACGACCACGGUAGUAGGAAGCUGUACCACCAGAGGGAUUGGAAUGGAAACCGCACACCUCAAAGUAGCUUCAAGCCCGGAGGGCUUAAUGGGAACAACAAUCGGAAUGGCAAUGGAGGAGCCAGCACAACAGUAACUCAUCUAACUACCGGGAGGUUGACAGCUAUUAGCAGUAAGGAGGCAGAGUCGGAAAGGGAUGUGGUGACAGGUACGUUCCUUGUUAAUUCAGUACCUGUUAAAGUAUUGUUUGAUACUGGAGCAUCUGAUUCGUUUGUAUGCACAUCAAAGAUCGAGAAGUUAGGAUUAAAGAACCCUGAAUCCACCUCUAAUGUAGUAGCGAUUCCAUCGGGGGAGUUAUUUCAGUGUACUAGGUUAUAUAGAGGAGUUCCUUUAACCAUAGGAGAAGUUGUUUUCCCUAGUGACUUUUAUGAGCUCGACAUGGAUGACUUAGACAUCAUUCUUGGGAUGGAUUGGUUAGGUCAUUUCAAGGCAGAAAUUGAGUGCGACAAACAAGAAGUGAGGCUUGUGGGACCUAAGGGAAAAAGGGUAAUGUAUAACAAGGGCACUUCGGGGUUACGGGCUAGCAUAGUAUCUUCGUUGAGAAUGAAGAGAUUGCUGAGGCAGGGAUUACCUUGUUACUUGUGUCACGUUCGAAGAUUAGAGGAGAAGGUUGUGGCUCUUGAGACCGUUCCCGUCGUAAACGAGUUUAUGGACGUCUUCCCAGACGAAAUACCAGGAAUGCCACCUACUCGGGACUUUGAAUUUACCAUAGACUUAAUACCGGGGGCAGGACCCAUAUCUAAAGCGCCUUAUAGGAUGGCACCAACAGAGAUGGAAGAAUUGAGAAAACAAGUAGAAGAGUUGAUGGAGAAAGGGUACAUACGACCGAGUGUUUCGCCCUAG